AACAUAUUGGUAUCGAAUGCCAAAAGUAUCGAUAUGGUAUCGUAUCGUAUCGAAAUUCGUAUUCCUAUAUUCAGCAAAUCGCUAAUUCUGGGUGGGGACACUUUCUCUUCAGCCCCGGUAAAAUAAGAAUUAUUGGAGAUGAUUUCUUUAAAAUCUUCAGUACUGGUUAGCACACUACUUAUGUGUUUAUUGCAAUUGGGGUCGACAAUUAAAUGCUGGGACUGUCGCUCCGAUAAUGAUCCAAAAUGUGGGAAUCCUUUUGAUAACAGUUCUUUGGUGAUUACGGAUUGUGCGCAUGAGCCUGAAUUAUUGCAUUUGCCUGGCGUUCGGCCGACAAUGUGCCGGAAAAUUCGUCAAAAAAUGUAUGGUGAAUGGAGGUAUUUUCGAAGUUGUGCCUACAUGGGUGAACCAGGAAUUGAAGGAGAUGAACGGUUUUGCCUUAUGCGCACAGGAAGCUACAACAUUUUCAUGGAAUAUUGCACUUGUAAUAGCAAGGAUGGUUGUAAUAGUGGAAGUUUCCCGAGCGGGAAUAAAUUUGCAAUAUUUCUUAGUUCAAUACUGAUAGGAAUAAUAGCUUGGACACUCCAUAUCUAAAGACACAGCUGAUCGCAUGUGUACGUCUGCAUACUAAUGAAAAAUGCCUUAUAUAACGAUUUUUUGAUCGUUUACGCGUUUAUGUAAAUUUUACAUUGCAAAUUAGAAAUGCCAUCCUUAGGCGAACUAAUAGCCGAAGUACAAAAACAAAAACUUGCAUGUAUUUUGCUUUCGGUACACAAAUAUAAA